CAGAAGACGAUCUCGGAAACCUGAAGAUGCUGUAUCUUCUUCUGCCAGCUAAUUUAGCAUUUCUCUAUAGCUUUGUGCUAAGUAGAUCUGUCCAGAUAGCUACAAGAAACAAUGAUUUAGAGAGUGGAACAAGUGUUUAUGAAGGAGACAUCCUCUUGAGAAGAGGGCAGCGCAGUGCAAUUAACUGUGAGAAUUGUUUGUGGCCCAAGUCACGAGAUGGACUUGUCAAGGUUCCAAUUAACAUCUCUUCUGACUUCUCAGUCACAGAGAGGCUGUGGAUUGCUGAUGCUCUGCAGGAGGUUUCCACGCUGACCUGUGUGCGGUUUGUAAACCGCACUACUGAAGCAGACUACGUGCACAUCGAGCGUGGGCAGAGCUGCUGGUCUUACUUUGGAAAAAUUGGGGGACGUCAGGCACUCGGCCUGAUGAAGAAUGGCUGCAUGGACAAAGGAGCAAUUCAGCAUGAGAUGAACCAUGCGCUGGGCUUCAUCCAUGAGCAGGCACGGAGUGACCGGGACAGCUUUGUCAAGAUUAUGUGGGAACAUGUUAUGGCAGGAGAACAAGGAAACUUUGGGAAAGUGAAUUCCAGAAAUCUUGGCCUUCCUUAUGACUAUGCUUCUGUGAUGCACUAUGGCGCGUUUGAUUUCUCUAGCACUCCUGGGGAACCAACUAUUGUACCAAUUCCUGACCCUUCUGUACCUAUUGGGCAAAGAGAAGGACUGAGCAACUUGGAUGUGGCUAAAAUCAACAAGCUCUACAAGUGCAAUUGCUGUAGCUUUGUGUUGCCUAAACACGAAGGCUCCUUCUCCUCUGUCAAUUAUCCAUCCCCAUACCCGAACAAUAGUCACUGCCUGUGGUUGAUCCGCAUUCCUCAAAAUAAGGUUUUCCUGCAGUUUGAGGCUUUUGAUCUUCAACUGUCCUCAGAUUGUUCUUCUGAUUAUGUAAAAAUUUACAAUGGAAACAGCAAGAAUUCUCCUGUUUUGCUGGACAAGUACUGUGGAAAGGGGCCACUACCCUCCUUAGUUGCUUCUGGGUCCACAAUGCUGAUAGAGUUUUCAAGUGAUGAUAAUGUUACAGCCACUGGAUUCAGAGCCUCCUAUAUCAAGGUGAAUUGUGGAGAUACUUUCACAGUCUCAAAUGGAGUCAUCACCUCUCCAAACUAUCCCCAAAAAUACCCCAAAAACCAAGCAUGCUACUGGAUCAUUAAAUCUCCAGUAGGAUACAAGGUGUGUCUCAAAAUGUUAUCCUUUGAGCUGGAAGCUAAUGACAGAUGCAUCUAUGACUAUUUGCUCAUACGUGAUGGAAGCAGACUUACUUCACCUGCAGUUGGCCCAUACUGUGGGAAAAAGAAGGUUGCAGAUUUUACUUCCACUGGAAGCUUUGUACUAGUUGAAUUUCACAGUGAUAUAGCAUGGGAAUUUCCUGGGUUUGAGAUGAAUUACACAUUUUGUAGGUAGUACUGUAUAGAUGGGAGGAUUGGAAAGAGAAAAAAAAAAAAGAUGAGACUGGCAAGAUGUAGGGUAAAGUCAAAAUGCCACUAAUUUCAACUGAAAGUUGCCUGAAUGACCCUGAGAAGCUUAAAGCCUGAACUGUUAGCUUGUUAGUUCUACAGCAGUGUGAUCUGCAUGAUGAAUUACAGACAAAAAUGCUCCUUGUCCAUGGGAUGUUUCUGUCUGAGACUCCCAACUUUGUUACAGUGAUCCCAUUGUUGGUGUUGCUGAAUACAAUAGCAGAACUGAAACUCUGGAACCAGAUUUUUGAGAACUUAUCAUGUUAUACAGUGAGCUGCUUAGAAAGUAGGCUCAAAAAGAUUUUAGAAUAUGGCUAUGGUGCAACUUUAACACAUACUCUGACAAAUGUUAUAACCUACCUUAGUCUGCAUUCUGUAUGUGAACAGACCACCCUUCAGGGAUGUGCUUGCUCGUGCUUGGAAACAAAGCUUGUUUGUAGAGGUAAUAUAGGCACUUUGGCACUUGAGCUUGGCCUGGAAUCAGCACUUUACAUUGAGAAUGCAAGCCAGGAUUCUGAUGCAGCACCUCAGCUCGAAGAAUUGAAUUAAUCCCCUGUUGUGAGGUGAACUAAAUUUGGGAAUAGAUUUUACUAGAAGGAAAGCAUUAAUAUUAAGAACAAACAGGGAAAGUAUAAAGAGGAAAUUGUGAUAGACAUUUGUAUAAAUAAACAAUGGCUGGAAUCGGGACUGAAACUGUCCAUGGCGUUUAUAUACCAAAAAUAUAUUUUUAAUGACAUACCUAAAAAAGCCUAUUGAAUGCAGGUGGAGUCUGGAAUUUUGGGCAUCAUAUCAGGUGUGAAACAUCAUGUCUAUACAGAGACAUCUUCCACUUCUUAAGAGGACUGAAUUUACAAAUAAGUUCCUCCUUUCAUAUGAAAGAUUCUUCUGUCCAAGAUCUGAGCAUUCCCAUUAUCAGCUGUUAGAGGUUCUUGUUAAUCAUUUUCCUAAUGGAUAAGCAUGUUGCUGAAGCAACAUCAAACUUUAGCUUUCCUCUAAGUUCUGCUAAAAUUUCUGGUUUUUC